CUUCUGGAUAAAACGAUUGCUCUUAUUAGCUGAGUAUGGGAAAAAUGCUCAAUAAAGGUAUAGCUUUUAAGAGAGACAACGAAGAGCUUUCGGUUCCACAAAACAAAAUAUUCGCGGACAGUAUCUUACUGAAAGGCAUUGGCAACAGUUGUCAGUAAAUCGUCAUAUGAUCAACUAUGACACACCAAGAAAUACCGUCAUGGGUUAACCAACAGCUUUUUCAUGGGUUACUGGAAAAGAAUAAUAAGAACUUCAAGGCUAUAGUUAAGUUUGUCCCAGAAGCUGCGAUCAGCAAAGGCGAGAACUAUCUGACGAUCGUGCUGCGUAUACAUAUUGAGAUGCAGCUGAAAGAUGAAAGCACCGAAGAUGUCAGCUAUAUACUGAAGAUACCAUUGGUGCCAGACGCCCAGGAUCAUGACUUCCACGAUAUGUUUACCACGGAACUAGAUAUGUACGAUCGCCUGAUACCAGAACUGGAGUCGAUAUAUGCCAAUAAUACUACAAUAUCACCAAAGUUCAAAGCGCUGCAUUUCAAGUUUCCCGAAAAUGCGGUCAAGUGUGACUACAUCUUAUUGGAGGAUCUACGAAAGAGGGGUUACAAAAAUGUGGACAGAACCCAGGGACUGGAACAAUUCGAAGUGGAGGCGGUGCUCAAGAAGCUGGCCCAGUGGCAUGCAGCAUCCGCAAAAAGGGUCGUCGACCAGGGAGAGUACGAGAAGAGUCUCAGGGAGAGCUACUUCACAGCCGAGCACCAGAAGUUGCUGGACGAGUUCAAUAUUAACUUCUGUGUGCCCUUCUUGGAGUGCAUGCAGACAUAUAAUCUAGAUCCGGGACAAAUGGUCCUCAUAAGUGACUACACCUCCCGUUUAACCGACCUGAAUAUAGAAUUUGGCAAAAACGACCCUCUGGAGCUGAGUGUGCUCAAUCAUGGCGAUUUUUGGUGCAAUAAUUUUAUGUUUAAGUACACGGACGCAUCUUCGGAGGUGGAGGACGUCUGCUUUGUUGAUUUCCAGCUGCCCAAAUAUGGUACACCUGCUCAGGACCUAAUGUGCCUGCUGAUGACCUCCCCCAAGUUCUCAAUCAAAUUAAAGAAAUUCGACCAUUUCAUAGAGUAUUAUCACCAUCAGCUGGUCGAGCACCUCGGCCUGCUCAGCUACAACCGGAACGCACCCACACUGGCUCAGUUCCAAGCCCAUCUACACCGAUACAGUCUCUGGGCAUUUAUAUGCGCACAGCGAAUGCUUCCCAUAGUGCUGCUCCCGGCGGAUCUGGAUUCGAAUAUAGCGAAUGUGAUGGGCAAUUCGGAGGAGGCGACAGCAUUCAAGCGGAAGAUGUUUCUGCUCCCGGCUUACGUGGAUCAAAUCAAAGUCAUACUGCCCUGGCUCAUUCAGAGGGGUUACAUAAGAUGAAUGGAUUGCAGUGAGCCAAACAGGUUCAUACCGAGCUCAAUCUAUUGUAAAAGUACUAAAUAAUAAAAAGUUAU